AUGAAUUUGAAAACAGGCAGAAACAAUCAGACUGGAGUCACAGAAUUCAUUCUCCUGGGACUCUCUGGGCAGUCAGAGCAGGAGGAGGUUCUCUUUGGGCUGUUCUUGUGGAUGUACCUGGUCACCCUCAUUGGGAACUUUCUCAUUGUUUUGGCUAUCAGCUGUGAUCUCCAAACACCUAUGUACUUCUUCUUGGCCAGCCUCUCCUGUGUUAACAUCUGCUUUUCAUCAGUCACAAUCCCCACGAUGCUGGUGAAUCACAUACUGGGAAACAAGUCUAUCUCCUACAUGGAAUGUAUGACCCAGAUCUACUUCUUCAUCAUUUUCAUCAACAUGGAUGGGUUCCUCCUGAGUGUGAUGGCCUAUGAUGAUUAUACUGUCAUCUGUUGCCCACUCCACUACACCAUGAUCAUGAAGCCCAAACUCUGUAUCCUUCUGGUGGCUGCAUCUCAGGUCAGUACAAAUCUGCAUGCUCUCCUACACACUCUUUUCAUGGUUCAACUCACAUUUUGUUCCAACAAUGCUGUGUAUCACUUUUUCUGUGACCCUUAUCUUAUUCUAAAACUCUCUUGUUUGAAUACCUUUAUCAGUGACCUGAUGGUAUUCACUGUGGGUGAAUUGGUAUUUAUGACACAAUUUACAUGUAUCAUCAUUUCAUAUGAUUACAUCUUCUCUAAUAUACUGAAGUUGCCAUCUGCCCAUGGAAUAAGGAAAAACUUGUCCCCGUGUGGAUCCCAUGUCACUGUGGUCUCUCACUUCUAUGGGGCAAUCCUGGGGGUCUAUAAGCACCCUUCAUCCUCCUACUCAGUACAAGAUGUGUUGACUACUGUCAUCUUCACAGUGGUGACUCCCCUCAUCAAUCCCUUCAUCUGCAGCCUGAGAAAUCAUGACACAAAGGGAGCUUUAAGGAAACUAAUUUCAUAUUCUAUACUUUAA